CACAACCAACCGCCAUCGACAUCGUCAAUAUCAAUCCCACCACCCGGAUAGACAUUUCUUGUUGUCCCACUCCCGUCCUCAAUCGCGAUUGCCUGCACCAUCGAAUCACCAUAAUGGCUCAGCCUGUGGUGCAAACUAUCCACAGGGACCCCGCCCUAUUUUGGUGGAUUCUCCUCCCCAUUACGGUGGUCAUGAUUUUGACAGGAAUCCUACGUCACUAUGCGAUGGUCCUCCUACAGAAUACCCCAAAGAAACAACCCCUCCCACAGAUCCGACAGCAACGCUCUCUCGUCCGUGGCGUCAAUCUACGUACAAACGCCAAUGUCUUGUCCCCAUCAUCCUUCCAAGGGCGCAAAGCGUAUAUGGUUCAGGCGUAUCAGGAUGGCAAAUUCCUCGCAGAGCCGGAGAAUCGAGGCAAGCCCAGGCCAAACCCGAUGAGUGACCCGGCAGCUAUGGAGGGCAUGAUGGGAAUGAUGAAGGGCAAUAUGGCCAUGAUGAUCCCGCAAACUCUGAUCAUGGGAUGGAUCAAUGCAUUUUUCUCCGGCUUCGUCAUCAUGAAACUUCCCUUCCCGUUGACACCUCAAUUCAAGUCCAUGCUUCAAUCUGGUGUGGGUACCCGCGAUCUAGAUGUAAGAUGGGUGUCCAGUUUAUCUUGGUACUUCCUCACUUUGUUUGGUCUGCAACCCGUCUACAAUUUCAUCCUCGGAAGUAACAACUCUGCAAAUCAAGUCACCCAACAGAUGGGCCAAAUGAAUCCAGGAGCAGGCAUGAUGGGCCCAGAACAAGAUCCGGACAAAUUGUUCUUGAGUGAAGCAGAGAACUUGGAGGUUCUGGAGCAUCGAUGGAUACUCGAUGGCGUCGAGGAGCGCCUCAUUGCCAAGUUAACGUCGUAGGGUGGCCGUGCUAAACCACUGCUUCAUGGUGAUGUAUGUAUAUAUAUGUGUAAGGGCUGAUCAAAGUGGGGGCCAUGAUGAUCAGACAUAAGGCCAGCAUAGGAAGGUCUUGUUUCCAGUGCGGUGAAUCAAAAAUUAGAACGGCCAAGAUCUAGCGAAAUACAUAUACAGAUUCCUCUUCUAUCCCAAUCAAUGAAUUGGUUUUAGAUGACGCACUAACAAAUGCGUGGGGGAGGUAGAUAUCCUGAUAUCUAGGUAUGUACCGAUUGGCAAUGGAAUUCCUAAAAAAAAGCCUGUCGAUUCUUC